AUGGAAGACCUAGUUGAACUGAAAUACCUCCUUGGCAUUGAGUUUGCUAGGUCACAACAAGGCAUUCUAAUGCACCAAAGGAAGUAUACCCUGGAAUUAAUCUCUGAGCUUGGGCUGGGAGAUGCAAAACCAGCUGUUACACCUAUUGAAGCCAACACUAAACUAACUACUAAGGACUAUGAUGAACAUACAAGUGUGCACAACACAACAGUUGGUGAGUUGUUACUUGAUCCUAGCAAGUAUCAAACACCACUAGGAAAACUACUCUAUCUAACUGUCACAAGACCAGACAUAGCCUUCAGUGUACAGACACUAAGUCAGUUCAUGUAA